AUGACCGUCGUGAACGCGUUGUCGUCGCUCGGCGGCGUCGUGCUCUCUGUCGGCGCCGGGUCGACGCGGGGCGCCGAGGGGGGUGCCGAUGACGUGGACAUGACGAUCGAGGACUGGACCGCCGCGGCGAAGCGCGCGGUCAAGCGGUGGCCGUACCUGCACGAGGAGCUGCUGUUGAUGUGCGUCGAGAACGCGUUGACGCUCGCCGCGAACGCGAGCGCGAGCGCGGCGGAGACGGAUGCGGCGGCGGCGGUGGCGGUCGCGUCCGUGGACGUCUUCGCCGCCAACUUCGACGCGACGCUGCCGGAGAUGCGCGAGGGCGCCGCGGAGGUCAUCUUCGGCCCCGGCCCCGUGACGGGCGUCGGCGACCUCGGCGUGCCGUCGCGGCAGCGCGCGCUCGCGUGGCACCUGCUUCGGAAGACGUUGGCGACGCCGGAUCCGACGGCGGCGACGGCGGCGAUCGGCGACGCGCUGUUGAACGUCGUCGGCGCGGGGAGGAAGUUCUCCGCGAAGGCGGGCGCGAUGCUGUCCGGAAGCGCGCCGAAGACGAAGAGCGGCGGCGGCAAGAAGGGCGACGACGCUACCGACGCCACCGACGACGCCGACGACGCCGCGAACGACGCCGCCGACGAGGAGCUUCGCGAGGCUGCGCGAGCCGCGGGCGUCGACGCGGGUGGGAAGAAACGCCGCUCGAAACCGCCGCCGAUCACCGCGGGGAAGUGGGAGCUGUGCACGGACUGGACCCCGUGCGCGUGGGGCGAGAUCCCGGAGCAUAUCAAGGGGAAGAAGUGGAUGCGAUCCGAGCUCGAGGAGGCGGCGGCGGCGGCGGCGGCGGCGCCCGAGGAGAAGGACGUUCCCGAGGAGGAGCGGAGGCGACGAGAGGAGGAGAACGCGCGCGUCGUCGCGGACUUGCUGUGGGGCGCGUGGCCCGGCGAUCGCGGGUUGGGGUUCAAAGAUUACGUCGGGUACGGCGAGGCCAUUCCCGGGGUGAACUACACCCUCGGCGGCCCUUUCAACGACCCGUCGCGGCGGAUGAUCCCGGGGACAGAGAAGGAGGGGUACCCGAGCGCGAAUGAAAAAAUUACCCCCGACCCGGGCGUGAUCGGACCGAUGGAGCUCUUCACCGGCGUUCGGCCUCUGAAAUCCGAGCCCAAGCUGGGUUCGGGGAAGACGUUCACCCCGCGACCGGGGCGCGGCGUCGGCGUCGGCGCCGGCGGCGGCGACGCGAUGAGAGCGGCCAUCGCGGAGGGUCUGCGAGGCGGCGAGUCGCUGACGUUCGUGGACGAAGACGACUCGAGGGACACGGACGAGCUGGACGUCGACGGCGGCGGCGGCGGUGGCGGCGGCGACGGCAUGGAGGUGGAUCAGAUGGACGCGCGCGGCGGCGGCGACGGAGAGGGGGAGGGGGAGGAGGGGGAGGAGGAGGAGGAGGAAUACGACGACGAAGACGGGUGGGGGUACGACGAGCGCGCGGAUGACGACGCGGAUGAAGAUUACGACGAAGAAGACGCGGCGGCGGACGAAGUGGCCGCCGCCGCCGCGGACGCCGCCGCCGCCGCCGACGACGACGACGGAGGCAUCGCGAUCAACGCCGGCGGGGUCACGGUCAACCUCACCGCGGAGGAUAAGGACGCGGUCGCGAACGACGUCGAGCUGCUCAUGUGA